UCUUCCUAGGAAAGCCGGGAGUGUAAAGGGAUAGAGAGAGAAGACAAUGAGGGAACAAACGAUUCGAUGAAACAACAAAUCCUUAACAUUAUUAUUGGGUUGGUUUUUUUCUGCCUGAGAAUUGAUGGUGCUUCUGGGCUCGGUGUUUUUUUGGAGGGGAGAAAAAGGCUGAAUUCAGCGCAGAGCUCUCUCUCCAGCGGGCGAGUGGUACUGGAUUGAACCUUCCCUUGCGGAUGUAAAGUGGGAAUUUGGAGGAAAUUCUCCUGGUUAUCACAAAAAAAACCCAACCAACCCCAAACCCCCAAACCGUCAUGAAUUCUGUGGCUGGGAAUAAAGAGAGAAUUGCAGUCACAACCCGCAGCAGGAAAUACGGGGUGGCGGAGGCGUGCUGCCCGGCGCGGCCGUGCUCGGCGGAGAGCUGGUACCGCCGCGCCUACGAGGAGUCCCGCGCGGGCGGGCGGCCGACCCCGGAGGGCGCGGGCUCGGCGCUGGGCUCGUCGGGCACCCCGUCGCCCGGCUCCGGCACCUCGUCGCCCGGCUCCUUCGCCGGCUCGCCCGGGCCCGCCUCGCCCGGCUCGGGCUCGGGCUCGGGCUGCAGCUCUGGCUCCGGCUCCGGGCCCGGCCUGGGCGGCGGCGGCGUGGGCACGGGCUCGCCCGGCUCCCUCGGCGGCUCGCCCGGCUUCGGCACCGGCUCGCCCGGCUCCGGCAGCGGUGGCGGCUCCUCGCCCGGCUCCGACCGCGGCGCCUGGUGCGAUGCCUGCAGCGCCCGCCUGGCCGAGCUCAAGCGCCAGGCGCUACGCCUGCUGCUGCCCGCGCCCUGCGGCACCCAGGACCUGGCUUUCUCCUCAGUAAUUCAUGACAAACUCCAAGUUCCCAAUACUAUUCGGAAGGCGUGGAAUGAGAGGGACAAUAGAUGCGAUGUUUGUGCUACCCACCUGAACCAGCUGAAGCAGGAAGCCAUUCAGAUGGUGCUGACACUUGAGCAGACUGCCAACACUGAACCCUAUGAUGCCUCUCCGGGCUCUCCUCCACCCAUCUCCAAUAUUCCCACCUUAGUGGGUUCCCGACACAUGAGCAGCCUGCAGCCCAGAGAUUGGGCAUAUGUGCCUACUCCCUAUGCUACAUCUAAUUACACAAGCUUUGUUGCCAAUAAGCACAGUGGGAAACCCAAUAGCCUUGGAAUCAUCAAUGGGGUAGAGAAGAAAAAUGGUUCCCCUGGACACCAAGCCAAGGUCAGCCUGCAAAUGGCCACCAGCCCCAGCAAUGGCAACAUCCUGAACUCAGUGGCUAUCCAAGCUCACCAAUACCUUGAUGGCACCUGGUCCUUGUCACGAACAAAUGGGGUCACUUUGUAUCCCUACCAGAUCUCUCAGCUGAUGACAGAGACUGGCCGAGAGGGCCUGACUGAAGCAGCACUGAACCGCUACAAUGCAGAUAAGCCCUCUCUGUACAGCUUCCCUGCUUCCCAGAGCACCUAUGUUGCCAGUGAAACAUCAACAGGCACCUCAGUGGCAGCAUCUUUUUUUGCCAGAGCUGCUCAGAAGUUGAACCUUUCUUCUAAAAAGAAGAAACAUCGGCCAUCUACAUCAUCUGUCCCUGACUCUCCUCUCUUCUCCACCAGCUUCAGCAGUAUCCUGCAGACUUCCCCACCCCCAGCACCACCAUGUUUGCUGAGGGCAGUCAGCAAAGUAAAAGACACUCCAGGGUUGGGCAAGGUGAAAGUCAUGGUACGUAUUUGUUCCACACUCACCAGGGACACCUCUGAGUCCAGCUCCUUCCUAAAGGUUGAUCCCCGUAAGAAGCAAAUCACUCUGUAUGACCCAUUGUCCUGUGGAGGUCAGAAUGCCUUUCAGAAAAGGGGCAACCAGGUUCCCCCAAAGAUGUUUGCUUUUGAUGCUGUUUUCCCCCAAGAUGCAUCUCAGGCUGAAGUAUGUGCUGGGACUGUAGCUGAGGUGAUCCAGUCAGUGGUGAAUGGGGCAGACGGCUGUGUCUUCUGCUUUGGCCAUGCCAGACUAGGAAAAUCAUAUACUAUGAUCGGAAAAGAUGAUUCCAUGCAGAACCUUGGCAUUAUCCCCUGUGCCAUCUCCUGGCUCUUCAAACUGAUUAACGAACGCAAGGAGAAGACGGGAGCCCGCUUCUCGGUCCGGAUUUCUGCUGUGGAAGUAUGGGGAAAAGAAGAAAAUCUGAGGGACUUACUGUCAGAGGUGGCAACUGGCAGCCUACAGGAUGGUCAGUCCCCAGGGGUUUACCUUUGUGAGGACCCCAUCUGUGGCAUGCAGCUUCAGAACCAGAGUGAGCUUCGUGCUCCCACAGCGGAGAAGGCUGCCUUCUUUCUCGAUGCAGCCAUUGCCUCACGCCGAGGUAGCCAGCGAGACUGUGAUGAAGAGGAUCACAGGAACUCCCAUAUGCUCUUCACUCUGCACAUCUACCAGUAUCGCAUGGAGAAGAGCGGCAAAGGUGGAAUGUCUGGAGGUCGCAGCCGCUUACACCUCAUUGACCUAGGUAGCUGUGUGAAAGCACUCAGCAAAAAUCGGGAGGGAGGCUCUGGACUCUGCCUCUCAUUGUCAGCACUGGGUAAUGUCAUCCUGGCUCUUGUCAAUGGCAGCAAGCAUAUCCCAUACAAAGACAGCAAGCUCACCAUGUUGCUCAGGGAGUCCCUGGGGAAUAUGAACUGCCGUACCACUAUGAUAGCUCACAUUUCGGCAGCUGCAGGGAACUAUGCUGAAACACUGUCCACCAUCCAGAUUGCAUCCAGAGUCCUGAGGAUGAAGAAAAAGAAAACUAAGUACACAUCAAGUUCUUCUGGUGGUGAAAGCUCCUGUGAAGAAGGGAGAAUGCGGAGACCCACUCAGUUGAGGCCUUUCCACUCAAGAAAUGUAGUUGACCCAGAUUUUCCUAUCCUGCAUUUAUCAAGUGAUCCCGAUUAUUCUUCCAGCAGCGAACAGUCCUGUGACACUGUGAUCUAUGUUGGCCCUAAUGGCACAGCCCUCUCUGAUAAGGAGCUGACAGAUAAUGAGGGUCCACCAGAUUUUGUCCCCAUAGUUCCUGCUCUACAGAAAACCAAAAAUGAUGGCAAGUUGGAGGAAGUAAGUGAGACAGACCCUGGCACAUCUGAAAGAGACUGUCUGAAAUGCAACACCUUUGCUGAGCUUCAGGAGAGGCUGGACUGCAUUGAUGGCAGUGAGGAGACCAGCACAUUUCCCUUUGAAGAGCUGCCUGCUCAAUUUAGCACAGACCAGGUUUCUAAGUGCCCUCUCCCAGGCCAAGUGGGAGAGCUCAGUCACUUAUCUGAAUCAGAUAAGGAAGACACCAUACCAGACUGUCAGCAAUCAGAUAAGGAAGCGAGAGAAAAUAUCAGUGCCACAAUCAGCAAGAUUCAGAGAAAUCCAUCCCCUGUUCCUUCUGGAGCUCUUACUAAUGUUUCAACUCCUCCUUCUCCUAGGAGUGUCACUGGCAGCUCUUCCCAAUUAGCACAGAGCACAAACCUACAGAGUAGUAGAGAAGGUCUCAACACCUGUGGCUUUGUUGAAGGCAAACCUAGGCCAAUGGGUUCACCACGGCUCGGCAUUGCAAGCCUCUCCAAGACCUCAGAUUACAAGCCACCAACUUCUCCCUCCCAGAGAUGCAAGGUCUACACCCAGAAAGGAGUAUUGCCCAACUCUGCUCCACCACCCGCACACCUGAACAAGGACUCUGGGAUGGCAUCUAGUGAGUCUUUGUUGCAGCCAGAGAUCCGAACCCCUCCGGUGGGAAUGAGCCCUCAGAUCAUGAAAAAGUCAGUGUCCACUAGUAGUGGGGAUUUUGGAGAGACUGUUCUUGAAGAAGAACAGCAACAAAACAUUGCCCCAGAGUCAAAGAAAGAGAUUCUGAGCGCCACGAUGGUCACGGUACAGCAGCCAUUGGAGCUAAAUGGAGAGGAUGAGCUGGUGUUUACACUUGUUGAAGAACUAACCAUCAGUGGGGUCCUUGGCAAUGGACGCCCAACCAGCAUCAUCAGCUUUAACAGCGACUGUUCUGUACAGGCUUUGGCCUCUGGGUCUAGGCCAGUUAGUAUCAUCAGUAGCAUCAGCGAAGACCUGGAGUGUUACUCUAAUUCAGCUCCUGUUUCUGAGGUCAGCAUAACACAGUUCCUGCCACUUCCAAAAUUGGGACUAGAUGACAAAUGCAGGGAUGAUGGCAGCAGACGAUCAUCCAUUAGCUCGUGGCUGAGUGAAAUGAGCACAGGGAGUGACGGUGAACAAUCAUGCCACAGUUUCAUAGCCCAGGCAUGCUAUGGGCAUGGUGAAGCAAUGGCGGAUCCCCCGAUCUCUGAGUUGUCAAAUGCCAUACAAAAUAGUAGCGUGAUUUGUUUAAAUGACCAGCAGAAUCCAGUGGCCGACAAUUUGCUCAUACUGUCAGAAAUGGGGGAGGAAGCUUUCAAUAAAGUGCCACCUAUUAAAGGCUGCAAAAUAUCAGCUCUGGGGAAAACUACUGUCACAAUUAAAAACACAGCAAACCUUAGUAGCUGUGAAGGCUAUAUCCCAAUGAAAACCAACAUUACUGUUUAUCCAUGUAUUGCUGUUAAUUCUUUUAAGGGCCAAGAGACUGCUGAUGGCCUAACAAGUGUAACUCCAGCCGCUAAAGUUGCUCACCCUCAAGAAGGGAAAGAAUCCAGUGAGAGGAAGGAUAUCACAUUUGAAGACCCGUGGCUGAAGAGGGAAGUUGAUGUAAAAAAAGAAAACAGUGGUAGCAGUGAUGAGCCAAGGCCUGAAGUUGGCCUGGGUCCAGCCAAGCCUGAACACAGUAAGCAGCAGAACUCAGAUGACAGGUUUAGCAGCAGCAGUGGGGAGACCUCUAGCUCUCCAGGAUCUGACAAUCUAAAGAGGAUUGUGGAUGGUUGUGAAAUGGCACUGCCCAGUUCUGUAACCCAGAGCCCUGUUCAUUCCUUUGACGGCACAAAGAAUGGCAGCCUCCCUCGCGGGCUCCAGAAGAGCAGCAAGCAGGACGAACACGAUGGCGCUCUCUCUCACUGUGUUGCUGAGAACAAUGGAGUCAUUUCUCCUGUUCACUCCCAGUCUUCUAAAGCCACCCUGGAAAGGAAAAUUGCUUCCCCCAAGCAUUGUGUCCUCACUCGCCCCAAAGGAACCCCUCCACUGCCCCCUGUCAGAAAAUCGAGCCUGGAUCAGAAGAACAGGGCUAGCCCUCAGCACAGUGCUUGUAGCAGCAGCACUAGUAGCCCAUCCAACCAACCAGCCUCUUUUCUAGCCAGCUUCCCUGAUGAGGUGAAUGGCAAACAGAAGGGCUCUAGCAUUGACACCAGUAGCAGCAGUAGUAGCAAGUUAUUUAGUGCCAAACUUGAGCAGCUAGCCAGCAGGACCAAUUCCCUGGGAAGGUCCACGGUGAGCCACUAUGAGUGCUUGUCAUUGGAAAGGGCAGAAAGUCUCUCUUCAGUAAGCUCCAAAAUGAGCCCUGGAAAAGACAGCACCAUGCCUAGGGCUGGACGGAGCCUCAGCCGCAGUGCAGUAUCAUCGCCGACAAACUCGGGCAUUUCCCAGUCUGCAGGCACCUCACCAAAAGCCAGCCAAUCUAAGAUAUCUGCAGUCAGCAAGCUGCUGUUGGCAAGCCCUAAGGCCCGAAGCCUGUCUGCCUCUGCCACAAAAACACUAAGCUUUUCUACCAAGUCUCUGCCUCAGUCGGUGGGACAGAGUUCCAGUUUGCCUCCCAAUGGGAAAAAUAUGUCUUGGUCGACCCAGUCCCUCAGCAGAAACAGAGGCUCUGGGCUUGCUUCAAAACUGCCCCUCAGAGCUGUCAAUGGCCGGAUUUCAGAGCUCCUUCAAGGGAGCGCGAGUGCCAGAGGUUUACAUUUGCGUGGAAACUCAGACACAGAUGAGCGGGGCGGCCUUCAUGGAGAUGAGAAACCAGCUGUUCACAUGCUGCCUUCACCUUACAGCAAAAUCACCCCUCCUCGGAAGCCUCACCGCUGUAGCAGCGGGCACGGAAGUGACAACAGCAGCGUCUUGAGCGGGGAGCUACCACCAGCGAUGGGCAAAACAGCCCUGUUCUACCACAGCGGGGGAAGCAGUGGUUAUGAGAGCAUGAUGAGAGACAGCGAAGCCACAGGGAGUGCUUCGUCGGCGCAAGACUCGAUGAGCGAGAACAGCAGCUCUGUCAGCGGCAGGUGCCGAAGUCUAAAAAAUGCAAAGAAACGAUCCAACACAGGUUCUCAGAGACGAAGACUCAUCCCGGCUUUAUCACUUGAUACAAGUUCCCCAGUAAGGAAACCUGCCAAUAGCCCUGGGGUCCGUUGGGUGGAUGGCCCACUGCGAAGUGGACAGAGAGGGAUUGGUGAACCCUUUGAAAUCAAAGUCUAUGAGAUUGAUGAUGUGGAAAGACUCCAGCGGCGACGAGGAGGGGACAGCAAGGAGGUGAUCUGUUUCAACGCCAAGCUGAAAAUCCUGGAGCAUCGCCAGCAGAGAAUCGCUGAGGUUAAGGCCAAGUAUGAGUGGUUAAUGAGGGAACUGGAGGUGACCAAACAGUACCUGAUGCUGGAUCCUAAUAAAUGGCUCAGUGAAUUUGACCUGGAGCAGGUAUUUGAGUUGGAUUCCCUGGAGUACCUGGAGGCAUUGGAGUGUGUGACUGAACGUCUGGAAAACCGUGUGAACUUCUGCAAGGCCCACCUCAUGAUGAUCACCUGCUUUGACAUCACUUCCAGACGCCGAUAAAGAACAAACCUCAAGAGAAUUUCAAGCCACCCCAGUCCCCUUCCCGCUCCUAUUGAACAGCAUCCCAAAGACAACAAAAUGAGGAUGAAGGUUGGUGUCAAGUCUCAACUGUGUGUGUGAGAGAAGAGAUUUUCUUUAUUAUACCGAAGAACAAUUAAUAAAAUACACAAUGAAUGCAAAAAAAAACAAAAAAGAAAGAUGUAAGGAUGUCGAAUCUCCUAGCCUGAAAGAGCACUUUGAGGAGCCUCUGAGGACACGUUUGUAUAUAAGAACUGCUAGUAGAAAAGACUCUUCCGCUACGUUAGCCGAGGAAGCAGGAGGGGUGGUUAUAGGACCAUGGCAGAGAGCUUCGUAAAAAAGAAAUUACACAGAAAGACUGUUUAAGUGCCUUGCAAAUCUUUAUUAUCCAAACAUUUAUGUUCAUACUUUCUUGUGUACAGAUGGUGCUAGUCAAUAAAAGAAAAAGGAAAAAACAGAAAAACAAACAAAAAAGCAAAACAAAAAACAAACACAUUUUGAAACGUAUUUACAGCUUGUUUUUCUCUUGGUGUUUUCUCCUAUUUCGGAUUUGCUGUUUCUAAGUAACUUGUGUUUGUAGAACUAUUUCCUAACCAGUACAACAUAUGAAUAAAUGUUAACUGUCUUUUAUUGUUACCAGAGUAAGGCCACUCAAAGAGAAAGUUAACUUUCCUAGAUGGUUCUGAAAUUGUUUCCAGCAGUGAGCAAGGUUAUAUGAUCUAUUCUUUGCUCCUAAAAUGCUUUCAUCUGUCCAAGGACACAGUAAUAUUCACAAUCUGCAUAUUCUGUAGUGUACAAUGGAAGAGGACAAAGAAAACUACUGCAAAUAUCUUUUAUGUUUGCUCUCACCUUACCAUUUGUUCUCCUUUUUGUUGUAUUUUUAGCCUUAUACUAGUGAUGCCAGAGUCAUGCUUAAAGAAAUGCUUUCAUCCCAAGCCUGUAUUUUCAGUUGCUGAUCAUUUUCUAGGAAACUACCUUUUGAGCUGAAGGGAUUCAUGCUUAUUAUUCCAAAAAGGUGUGAUUUGUUUUAUAAGGAGGGAACAGAACAUCUGGUACAUUUUAAUUUAGUCAUUUCUUGAGUUAUCCCACUUAUGCAUUUUUCACCGCGCGCGUGUGUGUGUGUGUGUGUGUGCACGCGCGCGCACGUCUCUCUAAAAUAUUUCAUAGAUGUGGUGACAUCUGACAAGUGUGUUCUGCUCAAUUUUAGUUGGUCAAGAAAUAAACAAGAGUUAUAGAUGAGUGGACAUAGCACUUGGACUAUGUGGAGCACGUCAUUCUAUUAAAGUCCAAUUGAAAUCCCAUUAAAGUCAAUGGCAAAACUCUCACUCACAUCAACAGAACUAAUAUUCAGGCUUCGGUGCCCAUCACAUAUGAUCACCUGGUUAUUCAUGUACCUGGAUAGCUGUAUAGGGAAAGAAAUGUCCUUAUAUAGCUUUCAAUGAACAUGCAAAUAUUUACAUUUCAUUUCAUAGCACUGAGUUAUUUCCAUGUACAGUCUGGUGGCUCACUUUGCUUUUGUAGUAAGUAUAAGUUCUGCUCCCAAUUUCACCACUGAAGUCUUUUUGCAGUGUAAAUGUCAGCAUGAAACUGAGAACAGAAUUCAACAUAUUUAUUUCAGUAUGCGUCUACCUACUGUUUUUAAAUUUAAUUUCUGCCCCCCUGCAAUAUUAAUGCACCGUUAUUGUGCCCCUACCAGCAAUCCCUUAUGGAAAAGUUCUAUAAAAAUUUAGUAAGAUUUAUAGAAAUUACUUGAAUCAAAUGGGAAAUCACUCUUUUAUAGGUUUGCAUUAUAAUAGCCAAUAGAAUUUCACAGAGAAUUGUACUCUUUCUACAGACACGAGGACACUACAGAGUUCUGUAUUAGUGAUGCCAUUUGCCUUUAAGUUCUGUUGAAUCAACGGAAGAAAACCUGUAGGAAAGUGAUUUUUGUUCAAUUCCAUAUAUUUUUUUCCAUGUGGGAAACUCGCUUGCAUUCUAUAGAGAGCGUGUAAGAGAUAUUAUAUAUCUGAAACACACACACUAAGGUAGAAAAAUACUACUGUAUAACCUACGGGCAGACAGUAGAGUAACAUGGGGUAGGUGAGCAAGGCAUGUGUCCUGGGCCCUGCUUAAGAGGAGGGAUACCAGGACUCUGGGAGGCGGUGGAACAGCCUCAGUGGCUUGCCUCUAAGAUGCUCGUUGCUGGCACAGGUGAUGGGCAUCGCAGAGUGCCAGGUAUUCUGAGAACUGUGGUUUUGCAGAGAGCAUAUCCUUGUAAUUUGAGUGCAGUUUGCUGCAGCUGCUGGGGGGACACAAAUGACGCCCAUUUUUUUGCCAAUUAAUUCAGCAUUUCUUUUGCCCUCUGGACAUGGACUUCUGCAGCAAAAAAUGGGGUGAAAUGCCCACCCCCCCACCCAGCAACAGCAAACUUUGUUGCUACUGUAGGGAACUACAGUUCCCAGAAUGCCGUACACUGUUUGCUGCUGUUCCUGAAUUUGCAAGUGAGAAGCUAGGCUGAGAGGAGGCAGGGGAAGGGUUAGAGACAGCUGCCCAUGGUGCCUUUUCUUCCAUGUUAUACCUCUAUGGGCAGACUCCAUAUCUGAUGACUCGAGGGGUAACGUUCCUGUAGACCUCAUACAUGUAGGUCGUCUAGAUGUUCAUUCUGCAGUGAACUGCACUGCAAGGGACCUCUACUGAGAGGUCCUGCAUGUGAAGGACUUCUACUGAGAGAUCUGCUUGAAAUUAGUAGAUCUCUGUGUGACCACAGUAGGUGCCCAAGCAGUUUUUUGCAGGAUAAAGGCCAGAGGUUGAAAGCUCUUUGGCACUCGUGUUUCUGACUUCUGGGAUUGAUUCUGCGUGGACAUAUAGAGGAUGGAUACAAGAGCAAGCCUCUGUUUGCAAAAAGCUUUCUAAGAUCUUAUGGCACUAGGCAACUACCUAAUAAAAUGAUGGUAACAAAAUCUAUGUAUGCAUAAGAUGGCCAAGUUGCAACUAUUCUAGGCUUCAUAAAUUGGAAAUUCCCAUCUUGUGUGCAUGUGAAAUACCAGCUAUACCAUUAUGUUAGAGUUCCCUUUAUGCAUAUCACUAGACUUUAUCAGCACUAGAGCAGGGGCUCAGGGGGAUGCACGAUGUGUUCCUUAACCAAAAAGAAGUUGCAUGACAUUGGUACAUUAUGUAUGUAUGUGAUAGUACUUAGUAUAGAGAGAUUAUAAAUGACAAGAAAAAUAUGAAAAUCAAGCAAGUACUUGAUGCAGACAAAAUUAAAUGCUACAAAGAGAGAACGCAAAGAAAAUGUUCUUAUUACCAGACACUUGACUUAGCUGAACGGAUGGUACUGUCCUUAUGGCCUUGGUCCCAAAAUCUCACGCAUUUUACAGAUCACUUACAUGGUUUUAAUUUUGCUUCUGUAAAUCCCUUUUCUUUAGCUGUUAGCUUGGUAGAAUUACUUUCAGAGUUAUAGUGCAGUACUUGUUACAUGUGCUGUUACAUAUAAUAUUUAGACCCAUUGGUCAUGAUGGUUACCAUCUUGAUUGUUGUGUUGUGAUAUUACUUUUGAAGAUUACAAGGCAUAACAAAUAAGCCUGCCAUCUAUCUAGCAGUCAUUUUAAAUGAUAUGUAAAGUACUGAUCUUGUUAAUCAUACAGGACUAAAUUUGAUCCCUGAAAUCAACAGAGUAUAUGCCAAGAAUGAAUUUGGUCCAUAGGGGUUUUAUUUGCUGAGCAGAAGCACAGUGCUUACAAAUAUUUUAUUUAUGACAUGAGUGCCACUAAAUAACUAUUAUUAGUUUUAUCAGAAAUCCAUAUUGCGUGCUAAAACAGUUUUUUCUUUGUGCACAUUUUAAUACCUGACAAUAUUUUUGAGAGAUGUUGUAAUACAUAUACAACAAUGACAAUCUGCUAAGAUUUGCCAUCUGAAUCUAUGGAGCUUUUGCCUGAGUGAGUACGGCUUUUAUUUUGGAAUUUAUUAGCCUCCGUUAUAUAUUUCAAGCAUCACUGUAAAUACAAAAUGGAACAUUUGAAAAUGUCUCUGACCGUACUGAAUUGCCUUCGCUCUUGGUGGGCCAUGUUUUAAGGAAAACCUAUAAAAAAAAAAAACUUUCAAGUCCAACAGUUUCAGCAGGUGGCAAUAUGGCUGCUAAUCUUUCGCUGCAUUUCAAAGCCCACGAAAUGCCUAUCCAAAUAUGUAAAAGCAACUUGAUGGAAUGCUUAAUUAUUUGCAGAUUCAAAAUGGUAAAUGUAUUGCUAUGGGACAUCUUUCCAAUGAAUGGAAUAAGAGGAUAAGAGAGGAUGUUUAGCUGUACUGGACAUGUACAUUAACUGAAUGUUUCAGGUCUAGGGGUUAGCAGUGACAUGGCAGCAAUGUUGGCCUACUUGGGUUUUAAGGUUAACACUUGGCUUACGUAAGUGGGAGAAAAUUGCAAGUUCUCUAAUGUCAGGCACUAGCAAAAGAUUAAAAGAGACAUCAGUGUAUUGGCUUGCAUUUUGGGUCUAAUUCUGAUAUCACUUAUGCUCGGGUAACUUCAGUAUUUAUAUUGAUGUGCGUAAGCUUUGAACUUAUUUGUCAAAAAUGAAUUCAAAUCAAACCCAGAUCUGAGAACCUGUGGCACUGGGCAGAGCUUGGAGCCGAGCUCAAUCGAUCAGUGUUGGGCAAAACUUAAAGAUUGGCUCCUACUGCAGGAGAACUUUGGGAAAGCUUUUGUAUCCAGUGCUUCAGCUACUGAAAAGCACAGCCAAGGUUAUGGAAACCCGUAGCUCCUUGUGAAUUUUUUCAUACCCAUCUCUUUCUUUUGUCCCCAUGUUUAAGCCUGUUACUAACCUUGGAGUUAUUUCUGACCAAUGCUAUUACUUGUAAGCAACCAAAGGGAUUACUUGGACAAAAUGCAAGCAAAAAAGUGAUGUUAGUACAGUCCCUCCAUGAAGCAACAUUUGCCAGUUAUACUGAGCCUGAUUCUUCUCUCACCAACUCUAUUGAAGUCUGUGAAGUUAUAGCUACAUUAAAAAAAACUAGGGGGAGAAAGAAUCAGUUACCUUGUAAUUUGAGUGCUUGCUGAGCUGUACUAGUGUUCUCCUUUUCUCUCUUCAUGUGCUGUGGCUUGUUUCUGCCAGGACUGUAUAUGCAGAAUUACUCUAAAAAUAUGGCAGGACUGGACCCAUAAGCCUGGAACCCUCUGCCCAUCACAUAGUGCAAUUUCUCUAAUUGGCAUGUUGUAGAAAUAACAAACCCUGAAUGUGUACAAGGCUUGGACGACAUGACCCUUCCAAUCUUAUGUUUCCAGCUUGAUGCUGAACAAUACUAUGGCAAUAUCCUGUCUGACCAUGGCCAAACUAAGUGCAAGGUAUAUAAACAGCAUAUAAAAGCAUAAAAGGUACAUAAGAGGUUCUUCUUUUUGUCUCUGUGUCUGGGAAUUACAGAUGUGAAAGCUAGCAGCAAGGCUGAAAAAGCUAGCAGCAAUUACAAAAAGCCCCCAAAUAUGCAAGGAACAAUAGGCUUCUCAGUCUUUUUCUUUAAUGGUUCCUCCAUUAGCUCAAUAACGUAGUUUGUUCUAAAUCAGUAGCUAUUACCAUAAACUCAGGGUCUGAAUUAUGUGACGAGUAAAAGAUAUGGACUACUCCGCAAGUGUUUCUGGUUUGGCUUUUUUUUUUCUGAGUGAAAAGCAGUAACAAUAUAGCUGUGUAUGUACAGAGAGGCAUGCAUAUCUUUUCAGAGCACACUAAGUAACACACACACACACAUGCACACACACAAUAUAGCAGUGAACAAUACUAUAAAGGUUUUAUUGCUAUGGGUUUGGGAUGGCCAGGCAAGUCACAAAUAGCAAGCAUUUAAGUUAUGCCAUUCACCCUAUAGGAAUACCAAUAAAACAUUUAUAUUGCUAUACUUCAGCAUGCAGCUGAUUUAUGCCAGGCUUCAUAAAAAAAACUGUAUUUGAAACAUUUUAGAGGGUUUUUUUUAUAUUUUUCUCCCUAGUCUUCAGCCUGUGAAUCCAGGUUCUCUUAAUUCCCAUAUAUAGGCUUGAGAGUGACAGAAAAUUUAAAACCUAUAAAAAAUGAUCCAAAAUAGCUUCCCUGUAUGUCAAACUGUCAUGGAUUUAAGGGCAGAUAUCUUGCAACCACCAGUGUUAAAUACAAUGUUGUCUGUAUCAAUUGAAAGCCUGGAAUUUUAGCUUGCCAAUAAGAUAAUGUGCGUCUGUCAAGCCCUGAUGAUUUGUAAACCAGUACCCUGAAGCCUGACUUUUAGAGGACUGCAUCUAGCCAGCAUAAGUCCUUUAAAUCAGUGGUUUAUUAGAUCUGCAGUUGGAGGGCAGGAUGAUGGGGUUUGGGUGGCUUUGGGAGCUGGUAAGCAGUUUGGGAUUUUAGAAGCAGUUCUUAUUGGUAGGCAAAGUGCUGGCAAAUACAGGGGAGACCAAAUAAUGUAAAAUGUGCAGUUUAUUGUAUAAUUUCCUCAUCUAGCACAUAGCUGCAGAAGUCAAAGAGUCCAUACCAUAUGGGAGUAGGGAAAAUAGACCUAAACAGAUCCCUUGUUUCACAAGUCAGUUGAUAGCUUGCAUGUUUUAUUUCUUACUAACCACAUCCAAUUUCUGCAGCCUUAAAUAAAGGCACAAAUUUAGGGAGAAACUGUCUUGUCCCUAUUAAAUCCUUGAAAGUUUUGUCAUUGACUUUAGUAGAAGUGGUACAAGUCAAUUGGAUUUGUUAUUUUGGUCUUUUUGCUAGUGCAAAGGGUGUUAAGUAAUACUCAGCAAUUACCAGAGAUCCAUGGCUGGUUGGUGCUAGCUGUCUGAAAUAAGUUUCCAAACAAUCCUAACAAAGUUAUGAAAGACUUGUCAACUCCCUGUUCAUGAUCCCUGUUUGUUGCACUUACAGGGCCCUCAUCACAGAAGGAUGAUCAGGUGAGGUGAUAUAUCUAGGUAUGUCUAGAUAUAUCUCUAUAUAGAUAUUUAAGCAGGAGGCAAAUAUGGGAUGAUAGUAUAAAUGAAGGGCUGAAAGUUGAAUAGUUAAUAUGGGUGAUAAUCUUUGCAGCUAACUUCAAAACAUUCUUAAGGGGAAAAAUCUGACUUUGAGUGGUCCUACUCAAAUACUGCGCAUACUUUUUAAUAAUGGUAAUGAAAUGGUGCUCGAGGCAGUUUCAGCUAUAUCUAUAUUACAUAUACUCUAUUAUAGAUAUGGAUGUAUUCACCUUAUAUAUUGUAUAUGUGCGUGUGAGAAUUUACUAUACAAUACACACACAUACACAUAUAUAUUUUAUGUAUACAUAGAUAUUAACUUUUCUAAUUUUUACUUCCUUCCUUUCCUGAUGGGAAGCUGAAACUGCUGGUAACUAACAUCCACAUCAUAUUCUAUGUAUGAAGGAUAUAAUUUAUUUGUAAACUCAGGAUGUUCUUGUUUUAUAGAGUUGCUUGUAUUUUAUAAUUUAUUUACACAUCAUAGUUGGAAAUGCUUAUCUAAGUGCUAUGCAUUGAAGUGUAGAUUUGCUGAAUCCAUUUCAUUCUGUCUGUGGCUCUGUUCUUUCUCAUAGUAACCGUGUUAUAAAAUUGAGGUGGGGAGUGGACAAGCCAAUGGAUAAAGAGCUUAUGCUGGCUCUAUAAGUGGGAUGUUCCAGGAGAUGGAUUAGUAGCAGAUAUAUAUUUUAUCAGCUAAAUUUUAUUAGAAUGGAAAGAUGGAACAGAUAGCAUGAGGACAAGUAAAAAAUAUGGAAAGUCGCAGACACUUGCAAGCUGGUCAGAUGACUACGUGGAGCCUUUUGCCAUUAAAAAAUGUAAAGUUUAUUGUUUGCUGGCUAAAAUCUCUUACCUUUUGUGGUAUAUGAGGUGUGAAACAUAUUGUCAAAAAUAUGAUGUUUGAAAAAAAUCAAAAUAUAGUGGCAUUAAAUGUUUACUUUUAUCUUACUGGUA